UUCCUGCAACCGUUCUUCAAAUGUUUUAGCCUUCAGCCCCGUGAUCAUCUUUGUUGCUCUUUUCUGCACGCUUUCCAGAGUCGCCACUUCUCUUUUUGUAAUAAGGUGACCAAAACUGGAGGCAGUAUUCCAGGUGUGGUCUUACUAAAGCUUUAUAAAGCGGCGCUAGAGCUUCCCAUGACCUUGAGUCUAUCCCUCUGUUAAUGCAACCUAAGAUUGCAUUGGGGUUUUUUUUGGCUGCUGGGUGUCAAAGCACCAGACUCCAAAUGCGAUAUGGUGGACACUUCACGUUGGCUUGUUUUACUGCCCAGAUCUUUUUUUGCACCUUGCUGGGUUUGCCAAUCAUGACCUCUCCAAAAUCAGAAAUGGUUGGAGAGGCAAAGGAAGUACAAAGGAGAGAUUUCAACUCCCAUCUCUUCAGCCAGGGCCUGUCUAUCUUCAGCCUGGGUAACAAUGCCCUGGGCAUCCUAUUUGCUGCGCUCUGGCCUAUCGGCACCCUUGUUGCUAGUCCUUAAUGACGUCAUAAAAGGGCCCUGGUAAAUGAUGCGUGGAUUUUUUCCCCUCCUGCCAGCCCUCCAAAUGAUAGCUUAACCUGGAAGGCCAGGAAAAUCCAAAGGCGGGAAGAUCAAAAGAAGACAAGAGGGCAGAAGGGCAAAAUCAAACUCAAAGGAAGACCACCGGCAGAAGAAACGCCGAGCAGUAAGAUAAGCACAAAACCGUCGCAAACCACGCAGUGGGGGAAGACUUCAGGGUGGGGUGCCAAGCAGGAGUAGAACAUGUCUGACGAUCAAUGUGAUUCCGAGAGCUUUGACGAUCUGGAACCAGAAGCAUCCUGUAGAAGAGGGCGGAGGAGGAAGCCGAAAACCUCCCGUUCUUGUCGGGCAGGGUUGAUCUUCCCAGUCAGCCGGAUUGACCGAUUCCUUCGGAAAGGAGAUUACGCCGAGCGCAUAGGGUCGGGAUCCUCCGUCUACAUGGCCGCGGUGCUUCAGUACCUGACGUACGAUUUGGUGGACAUUGCCGGAAACAUUGCGAUAGGGGCCCAGCGGCGUCGGAUUGCUCCCGGCCAUUUGCAGCAAGCGGUCAGCGGCGAUUCCGAACUCCAGUGUCUGUUUGGAGAGGUUCUGAAUCAGGAGAAGAACUGUCCGAGAAAUUCACCUGCUACCUCUUCCAGAAAGGGGAAGAAAUCGAGCAAGGGCCUACGAGCUCCGGAUGCCAUUAUUGCGUAAACGAAGGUGGUGCCAUUGAUCCAGAGAUGGGGUGAAAACUUUAAUAUCCAACAGGGCGCAGAAAUAAAAAGCUGCUCUGAA